UUUAUUAGAUUAAAGUAAAUGUAAAUGUAUGCUUUCGUUAGUUGUUAAUAAUCAAAUAAAAACAUUUCAGUUGGCUUUGAACGAGAUGUUAAUAUUUACAUCUUUUAAAGACUGCGCUUCGUCCCAGAUUUGACAAACUAUAAAGAGAUAAAAUGUCAGCAAUCUGCAUAAUCCACCGUAGUGGUUCUGUAGGCUGUAAUCUGCUACCUCACCACUAGAUGUCACCAGAUCCAGCAGCUUGCACAUAUAAAAGACAUCCUAAAAAUACACAAUAAUGACCUAUCUCAUCAAUUUAAUUUUACAACCUAUGCACAAGUCCGUUCAGUGUGCAUUCACCAACCCCUUUGACCCCUGUGGAGCUCCCAAACUGCAGCCACAAUACAUUCUAAUGAGGACAGAAAUGACCUCCAUGGAGAGUAAAAUAGGACAGAGAAGACAAGCGAGGACGGCCAGGCGUGGACAUGCCGACAUGGCCUGAACUAACGCUCCUUUUGUCCCUCUGCUUUGUCACAUACAGAACAUUUAGCAUCACAGUGUUUUUAGGAGCUGCUUCUUCCAGCUUAUGAGUCAAAUAGCUGGUGGUUAUUUGCACCCUAUCAAUGGCUGUAUUAACACAAGCCAGACAGCCUCAAAUUAGCGAGAGCAGCAACCACACUGAUAAAGCUCUUUUAUCAGGGACGUGCUGCAUGUUGCCAAUGUUGAGUGUGUGCGUGUGUUUUGUGUGUGUUUGCUGCACCUUAUGCAAAGCCGCCUCAGGCCUUCUCACCCAAAUUUUGUUUUAUCUGGAUUUGUCACAGUUCGCAUGACUUUCAGGAAUGCAUUAAGACCCACAACAACUGCGUCUUUUUAGUUAAUCGACUUGAAUCAAGUUUCUACCAGGUGACCUAGAAACAAGCUUUCUUUAGCUGCAGCUUUUGGCCUACUUUACUCCUCCAGUUCAUCUACCUCUCACUGUCUCCCUCUUAUUCCAUCUGACACGGUAGCAUGGACCAACGGGUGGCUUUUUUUUGUUUUUUUUCAUGGUUUCCUUGGUGAUUCUCCAAAUAAGGACACAAAGUGUCCCCCCCCCCCUCCCCCACACUCUCAGUUUCACCUUCUAAUCUGCUCUCCCUGGUGAAUGCGGCCCGCGUCGUUGGCUGAUGGGUUGGAGGUCAGCGGCAGCAGGGUCAGACAUUUAAAACCUCUGCAACUGUGACACCACACAGAUUAAAAGAAGGCAAAGGCUUCGCAUCGUUCAAACGUCUGUCCAACAUCACGCCACGUCACACGCUGGCCCUGCUGUCCGCUCACUGUGGGUCACCACGCCUUUGCUCCAAACCAAGUGAAACCUUAAAUUUGCACUACUGAAGUCUGUCUCUCUUUGUUCAAAACCGAGAUCCAGCAAAGGGCUUCAAGUAAUAAAAAUAACAAUCGCACUAAGAAUUGCUUCAGCAGCAGCAAAAUUCAACACGGCAGCUACAGGUUUAUAGUCAAAGAGCGCCCCCCCCCGUCGUCGGCCAUGUUCCAGCGCCUGAGCAACCUGCUGUUCGGGGAGGUGGAGGAGGUGGCGGCAGAGCUGAAGGGACCCAACGCCUGUGUGACGGAGGCCGAUGAGGAGGGGUGGAUGCUCGUCCACCUGCCUGCAGAGGCUGAGCGCGUGACGCGGGCGCAGGACACGAUUGCACAAUCGCUCCCAGACAUUAACCAGCCAAAUCCCCCCAUAGCCCCCCAUACGAGGAGCGAGUGCCCCGCCCCCCACCCGCCUCACAAGCGCCGCAGGACGCACAGGGGUCGGGCGCAGGGCCCCCCGCUUUGCCCGAGCGUGUCACCCUCGGGGGCCACGGCGCCCGUCACCCCGCCCUCCUCCACGCCGUCCACGUCCCCCGGCUCCGGCAGUGAGUGCGGGGGCCGUGGGGGUGGCGGCAGGGCGGGCCCGGGGAGAGGCUGCAUGGAUGAGAGCUGGUUUGUCACCCCUCCCCCCUGUUUCACUGCAGAGGGAGCCACCGCCGAGGCCAGCCCCAUGGAGGACCUGCUCAUCGAGCACCCCAGCAUGUCGGUGUACGUCUCCCCCGGCAACCUGUCCGUGGUGGGGGAGGAGGGCCUCGGCAGCAGCAUGAGCAGAGUUGCAGAACCGGCCUCGGCCCCGGCCACCUGCAGCACCCUGCCCAGCAGGGCGAGCCGCGGAGCGGCCGCCCAGGCCGGAGCCCUGGCCAAGGUCACCCAGGUGGGCCGGGUCCAGCGCGGCAAAGCCCGCAUCGAGCGGCGCCAUCUGGGCCGCAACCGCAUCCAGCGGCAGAACCGCACCAGGGAGCAGCAGGUCCCUCGCCACGCCAACCACGCCAGGAACACCUUCCUCCACCAGCCCAGCAUGCGCAACAUCUGCCACUGAGCUCCCUGGGGAGCGGGGGGGCCGUCGUUUACUGGGGUGGGGGGGGGCGCACACGAGAUUAGAUGUAUUCACUCAUUGGCUUUCAAUUGUGCACAAUAUAUCCAGCUAGCCGUAGUUGGCAGUAGAGCGGUAGCUUGUUCCUCUCUUCACCUGGUAGUUUCAUGCCCCAUUGUGCUGCUGUGAAACGAGCCCCCUGAGUACUGUGUACCUUUAGAACACGUCGUCCAUUAACCUUUCCCCACCACCACAAAAAUACAGGUGUACUUAGCAACAAUAAUGCCUGAAAAACAAAAAAAAUAUAUCAUUUUCUUUCUUUCAUUCUUCCCCAAGUAUUUUUUCCCUUUUAAUUCAUUUAAUCAUCAAGUGUUACAUUUGGAGAUAUUCUAUUAAACAGCCAUUUUCACCUUAGGACAUUUCUGGUGGAAGCCGUGAGACAAAGUCACGUCGAUCCGUUGUAUCUUUGUGGAGAAAACAAGCAGGAAACAGACUAAAGAGUGAUGUCACCACGUAUUACAAGAAUCACAGGGAGGUGUUACGCAACCUCUGAGCAUCUAGGAAACGGCCCCUUGUUUGAAUAGUUUUUGUGAAGGAUCGGAAUUAAUACACAUUCAGAUUUAGAUGUUGAUAUUGAUCAGAUAUCAGGAGAGACAGCUAGUUAGCUGGGGCGCUUCUCCUGACCCCUAACUCCUCUUUUCCCACGACUUCCUUCACGGUUCCACCAGAAGAAAAAAGAAAAUUAAAAGCUUGUUCCUUUCAGACAAGGAGAGAGUAAGAAGCGUCUCACACGGCAGGCGACCCACACGCGUGUGAACUCAAGUUCAAAGCGCCCGGCGCACGUCGGCCAUUCUUCAUCCCCCGGCGUGCGCCGUGACCUCACGUCAUCGAGAGCGACCCCUUUUUCUACGCCGCCAGUCGCUCUCCUUCAAAACAGUCGGUGAGGAGAAGCUCCCUCCCACACGAGGAGGUGCGACCUGGUGCUCCUCCGUCCGCGGCAGGUUCCUCCCAAAGCAGCUUACUGAUGGUUGAACAACGGUGCUCAAGUGUAUACUAAUGUUUGUAAAUUAUUCGAGACAUGGAUGUACGUUUGCACUGUCAUACAUUUAGUGAGUCAAAGUUUUUUGCGUUGUGCUGUGUGCUUGUUUUUUAAUUUCUCUUCUUUUGUGAUGUUCUGUUUUGAUUCAAAGGUGUGCCGACACGAUAAACGCUAGAAACACAACACAAUAUGUAAAUAUUAUCAAAGAACAUACAUAACCGCUCCAUUAGAUGUCAAAGCCUUUGACCCCCCCCCCCCGGAGGCCAGAAGCACGGGUUCCUUCCUUUGAGACGUCUCCCCUCAGCUGUCUGUGCCACGGGGCCCAAAGGCAGACACAUACAUCGUACUUUAUUUUCUCUCCAUUCACUUACCACUGAUUUUCUUUUCUGCCAACAACAUUGUACGCUGUUCUAUUCAAAAUAUGUUAAUCAAAGGGACAGUUGACCAGAUAUAAAUAGUUUUCCUCUUACCUGUAGUUCUAUUUUUCAAUCUAAAGGCUAUAAAUUUUGUGAGAUUAUGACCAUGUAACUGAAGAUAAUUCACAGACCUUGUUUGGAGCAGUUUCCUCUCAAAAAGCUAUAGUUAAAUGUGUGUGUAUAUACAGUAUGUCUAUAUACAUCCAUAUGUAUAGCACUACAGGUGAGGGUAUUUUUGUUUUGAUCCAGAGUUAACUGUCCCCCUUAAUAUCUGUUUAAUUUAUUAUAUAGUUAUGAAUAUUAUCUUUUAUUCUGUUUGAAGGUGGCUUUUACGUGUCCUGUUGAUUUCUCAGAAUUAGUUAAACAUUACACACACACACACACACACAGAAACAACUUAUUUUCUUUGGACUCACUCACAAGCUUUCACUAACUGAUGUGUGUGAUGUUUGUAUUUAAUGUUGUGAAAUCAUACAUACAGUGUGAAAACAGGCCGAUACUGAGAGGUCACAACUGCAUAUGUGUGUGUGUGUGUGUGUGUGUGUGUGCGCACACAAAAUGUAAAGACUGCCUGUUUUAUUUCUUCCUUUCUCACAACUGUCAUGUAAAAAAAGGAAAUGUGUUGUGAGUCGGUUGUGUGAUUUUGUGGUUUUAGGGGGGAAGUGAUGAGGGAGAGGAGCCUCUGUGAUGCUGACAGGGAAACGAUGAGGCAGGAGAUUAUAUAUAUACAUUAAAACAAUAAGAAUGAAAUGUAUCCUAAAGGAACACGAUAGAAUAUGCUUGUAUUUUCCCAUUUAUUACUACAUGAUAAGCAAAUAGGAGGCGCUGAAUGUGGGGAGUUUGAUAUGUUCUAUGUCGUCUCCUAAAGUGAUGGCAGCUUAAAAACACCUCUGGUUUUCUCCCCUGUCACAUCUGGAUUAGUAAUCCCGUCCCUUCAUAAAAAUGAAAUAUAUAGAGAUAUAUAAAUUAAAUUGGUGUAUCUACAGUAUGGUGAUUGUGCCUUUCACUAUUUCUGCAUGGUUUUUGUGAUGUACCGAUUUUUCCAUCCCCCAGACGGGACAAAACCUAUAUGCAAAAAUCUAUGGAUGGGUUUUUUUCCAGUGUCCAUUCAGAAAAACAACAGGUACCCCGCCAAAAAAAAGGAAAAAAAAAGAAACAACAAUACUAAAUAAAUACUCAGGUUAA